GAGGCGGCGGGAGUUGAGGGAAGGAGGAAGGGGCCGAGCAGAGUCCCCUCGCCGCCUUCUUGCUACCCGAUUCAUGGGAGGAGCGGGCCGCUUCCCUCUGGGAAGCCCCGCCGCGGCACUCUAGGAUUGAGCGGAGCGGCCGGCCGCCGGCGCGGAGAAAGGAUGCCACUUUUCCGGAAGGUGCUGCGGGUUUCCAAUCGCUCCAUGCUCGCCUUCAUCUUCUUCUUCUCCUUUUCCUCUUCCUGCCUCUACUUCAUCUAUGUGGCCCCCGGGAUCGCAAACACAUAUCUCUUCAUGGUGCAAGCUCGUGGUAUAAUGUUGAGAGAAAAUGUAAAAACAAUAGGACACAUGAUCAGAUUGUACACUAACAAAAAUACUACACUGAAUGGCACAGACUAUCCUGAAGGAAACAAUUCUAGUGACUGUGUUGCUCAAACAACAAUGUAUCUUCCAGAAAACUUCACUUACUCUCCUUACCAGGCUUGUCCAGAGAAGCUGCCUUACAUGAGAGGCCUUAUAGAUGUCAAUAUGAGUGAAAUUAGUUUUGAUGAAAUUCAGCAACUGUUUUCAAAAGAUUUAGACAUUAAACCAGGAGGGCAUUGGAAACCAAAAGACUGUAAGCCAAGAUGGAAGGUGGCAAUCCUUAUUCCUUUUCGGAAUCGCCAUGAGCAUCUUCCAAUUUUUUUCCGUCACCUGAUACCUAUGUUGCAGAAGCAGCGGCUGGAGUUUGCCUUCUAUGUUGUUGAACAGACAGGUACGCAACCUUUUAACCGUGCAAUGCUGUUUAAUGUUGGCUUCAAAGAGGCUAUGAAAGAUGCUGUCUGGGACUGCAUAAUAUUUCACGAUGUGGAUCACUUACCUGAAAAUGACCGAAAUUAUUAUGGAUGUGGAGAAAUGCCACGCCAUUUUGCAGCAAAGCUGGACAAAUACAUGUACAUUCUUCCAUACAAUGAGUUCUUCGGUGGUGUAAGUGGCCUGACAGUAGAGCAAUUCAGGAAAAUCAAUGGGUUUCCAAAUGCCUUUUGGGGAUGGGGUGGAGAAGAUGAUGAUCUUUGGAACAGGGUUCACUAUGCUGGAUACAAUGUAACAAGACCAGAAGGAGAUUUAGGGAAAUACAAAUCCAUUCCUCAUCAUCACAGAGGUGAAGUCCAGUUUUUAGGACGAUAUAAACUUCUGAGGUAUUCCAGAGAACGUCAGUAUAUUGAUGGGUUGAACAAUUUAAUAUAUACUCCUAAAAUACUUGUCAGUAGAUUAUACAAAAAUAUAACUGUUAAUCUCAUACCAGAACUUGCUCCUGUUAGAGACUAUUGAUGAAAGUGGAAUGACAAGCUACCCUACCAGAAUAAACUUUUAACACUGGAAGCUACUAACAGACACUGUAAAACAAAACAAAACCAACAAGCAGCAUCUUAGAAUUAGAGAUUUUUGACCAUUUGAUAAUGCAUAUUAGCCAUGAGAAGUGAUUGUAUGUACCAUGCAUUUUGUUCAAAAAGGAAAGGCAGCAGCUACCACUCAGAUGUUUACAGCAUGAGACUACUGUUCAAGCCUUCAUUCUUCAUAUUCUCUAUCUUAACUACUCAACUAAAUAAACUGCAGAAAACAGACUUGUAGCUUUUCUGGAAGUAGGGACAGAGGCCUCUUCCAGGAAUUUUUUAUACUAAACUGCCUUCCCCCCCCCCCCCAUAUUUAAAUGAAUGCUUUUGUUUCUUUUUAAAAUGUGUUUUGUAAAUAUGUGAUGUAAAUGAAUGUGUGUACAUUGCUUUUAAAUUGCUCAAUAUUUUAUGCUUCAGUAUGUAUUUGAGUGUGUUCUUGUUUGAAUUCUAUAGGAAUGUUUUUAUUAGCAUGAAAGAACAAGUGUAAAAUGUAAGUAUGCUUAAAAAAAGGUUAUACCUUAUGUGAAAUGAAGGAAAUAUUAAUUGUUGGCCAGCUAUGACUGUAAACUGUUAUACUAGUUUUGAGCUCUAGGCCUCCUGCAUAUCUGUAUAGAAAAAUCAAUUUCGUAUAUGAACGUGCUAGAAAGAAAGCUUUUAAUUUUAUUUAUUGCCAGCAAAAUUGUAUAAUACCCUGCCUGCCAUCUAAAUGCUAUUUAUAUGCAUAUUGCAUGUGUAUCACAGAAAAUCUUGCAGUUGUUGAGUUUUAUGAUCUACAGGAACUGUUUCCAAGUGUGCCACUAGUGUCAAUGUCAGGGAUUUUAAUGCCUAAAACAGUGUGUCUGGGUGCAUACAGUAUUUUGGUAUUGUUCUUUUUUUUUUUUUU